AUGGUUCUGCGCAACAACAGGGGAGAGGGUUGCGACCCAAGGAAGAGGAAGGCGCAGGGGGGUGCGGUCCGCAUGGAAUUGGCGAACCGCUCUUGCCAUAAUGGCUACGUGACGCAUGACUACGCGACGGAUGACUGCGCGAAGGAGGACUCCAUGAAGGAUGUCACUGGUGAGGGGCGCGCUCGUGCCAUCACUGCAACCACGUGUGGGUUCCCGUGUUUGUGCCACGGUGAGGGUUCCUCUGAAGAAGGCCCACGACUGCUCCUCACGCUGCCAGAGAGCAGCGCGCGAACAGAAACGCGCAGGCACCCCUCCCCACACGCAAUCACCCCCGUGCUACCCCCCUCCCCACAACUGCGUGCAGAGUACCAAGUAAAGGAGUUGACCAAGUUAAUGGACAAGUACGACGUGCGAAAAAACUUCGCUUGUUUCGGAGGACCCUUUACCAGGUUUGCAAAUGAAACUUACACAUUUACACACAGAUACUUCAAACCGCAUUUAGGAAUACAUAUGAACACAUAUUUAUUUAAUGACUUUAUUUUCAUUAAGAAUUAUAUUAAGAUUAUAAAAUUCUCCAGGUGGCACAUUCUUGUGUAUCUCUCGGACAAUAAAAUAUAUGUCUACAAGCACAGUCGGUCCUUGUGGCACUUGGACCAUUUUAACGAGUGGAAGCAUUUGCCCAUUCCAACUUGUAACGAAAUAAAGGAUAUUCAAAUUGUGUCGUGUGAUUACAAAGGAGAUCUCUACUUUGACUUUCCUAAGGGAACAAAUUAUGCUCUCCAGGAUGAUUACCAGUUCUGUGGUUCUACACACCAACAUGAGACCAUCGAUCCGAUUCACUUCUUCGGAAUUAGCUUAGUUGACAGCAGGGAUAAUUUAUACUUAGGGUUGAACACAAAUGUUAAUGCUAGUAGGAUCAACAUUAAGCAAAUGAAAAUGAUUAUUCCUCGUUCGUUUGAAAAGCGCAAAUUGAGAAUGAGGACCAUUUUGGUCAGUCUACCCGAGCUCAAUGAAUAUGACCUACGCUCUUGCGCCGUAUAUUUGAAAUACGCUUCCAUAUUCGAGCUCUCCUAUACGCGUCGUGGUAAUCACACUGGUGGGAGGAGAGUCAGUUGCCGCAAGCAGGGCAUAAAUAACGCGAGAGAAUCUUCCAAGGGUCACCAAUCAGAUGAAGCAGCAGCUACAUUGCAUGUGGAAAAUACAAAAUACGAAAUGGAUACAAAUGAGGGUUUUAAUGUGGAUUACAGAAAAGGGUUGAAAAGGAAGGGGAGAACUGCGCACAGGGGUAGGGUGGCCUCUCAAAUGGUAAAAGUUUCAACAAAGGGGAAGAACAAAACAGGUGGUUCUACAAGUAAACCUGCCUUCCGUGGGGAUAAACUCGGCGGAAGUACACACACCCAAGAGGAGACACGCGCCGCAGAUUCACUCAAUUGCGCUGUGGGUGAAAUGCAAAGGGGGGAAGACCAUCAUGAUCAUAUGACCAGAGAGCGCGCUAAGAAGAAAAGGCGAAUUAACCAUGCCCAAACGGGCGGCCACCCUGGUCAGGUACCUCACAGUAGCAGUUUGUCCAACGGGGGGAGGAGAGCGACAAAAUGUGCAACAGCUAGAGGUGGCACGAUUAACCCGUCUAACAUGGAUGACCCGCCUAACGUGAAUGACGCGCCAAGCGCAGGCACUUCCUAUCGAGCUACGCAAAAGAAGGAUCAUUUCAUUUUCAUAAAAACUUCAAACAAUAUGAAGUUUAAAAAGAGGCUGAUACGGUCCAAACCAAAGGUGCUGUUAAGCGGAACAUCCUGCGCACAUGGCUGUGUGUUGUUUGAAAAUAAAGAGAUUUAUUUUUGGGUUUGUGGACAGGGGGGAUCACUUGUAGAAGAUUCGGUGAAUGCGGAGAAGGUGGUCGUGUCUAGCAAAUUCUCCACACAUAAGGGAAGACAAAACAAACGAUUUACUUUUAAAAAAUUGGAGUACCCCAAACUCAACAUCGUCGAUGUAGUCUACUGCAACAACACUUACAUUAUGCUGUCUGAGGAUAACAUCCUGUUCAUUUUAAAGUCCCCAUAUUUGCAUACCCUUCGAGCGGUGAAUUUUUUCUUUUACCUGAACAACUACCUACCAAAGGGAGUAAAUCCUAAACGCACAAGCGGGGUCCUCACUCUGCAAAAAAUUAGAGACUCCACUUUGGUCAAAAUGUACCUUACAGACUACAUAUUGGUGACGGUCCACAGCAGCAAGGACAUUUGCUUUACCCCCAUUUUGUUUCACAGUGUGUAUAGCUACAUGGACGCCCAGUAUAUUGACGUCCUUUCUACGAAGUACGAGCCGCAGGUGACCAAACUGAUAAAGGAUCUGGGAAAGUUUUGCACACGGGGUCUGGAGAAUCAAUUUUCGCACGAAGAAAAAAGCAUGUACCCAAAUUUGAUAAAGUACAAAAUGAUUCGCACCUGCGCCCAAAACAAAAACUGCUUCACCAUUUACGUAAGCCCGAACUCGCUGAUCGUGUGCAUUUACAACUUAUUUGAGUAUUACCAAGUGCUGGACACGUCCAUAUCGAAUUUUUUGAGUAAGUAUUACAUUAUGUAG